CACCUCCUCAGCAAGGGCAACAAAGACACACUGCUUUCAAAACCUCCAGAAGCUUUUUUGAAACCGCACAGGGCAGGGUUGUGAGAUCGGUGAGAGUCAUGAAGCGUUUACUUUUCGUGGUUUUGAGUUUGCUGCUGUCUCUUCAGCGUGCUCGUGGAAUAAAUAGGAACUGCAAACCAGUGACGUCCACCUUUUGUCAAGGUUUAGGAUACUCCACUACGGCCAGUCCGACCGGAGCUACGGGCUACAGCCUGCAGCAGAUCGGUCAGAUGGUGGAGACGGCGUGUUCUCCACACAUCGCCAUCCUCAUGUGUCGCGUCGCAGUGCCUGAAUGCGGCUCGGAGGACGUCAACCGGAUGAAACCGUGCCGAGCUCUCUGUCAGAAGGUCAAGACCGACUGUGAGUCGACCUUCAAAACCAGGAGGUUGACCUGGCCAAUGAGGCUGCGCUGUGAGUCUUUACCUGAGAAUGACUGUGUCCAGGGUCAAGUGAGCCAAGCUGCUCCAGAAGCUCCUGCUGCUGCUGCUGCUGCAACAUGUGAGACGAUAACCGUCCCUCUCUGCAAAGACCUUCCCUACACAGAGACGAUCAUGCCCAACGUUAUUGGCCACAAAAGUCAAGAGGAAGCCGGCCUGGAGAUGCAACAGUUUUCAUCCCUGGUGAGGGUGGGCUGCUCCCCUCAGCUAAAGCCUUUCCUGUGCUCCCUCUUCGCUCCUGAAUGUGAGGCUGGAGGAGCUCGACCUCCCUGUAGGACACUCUGUGAGCAGGCACGCUCCGGCUGCGAAUCUCUGAUGAACAAAUUUGAUUUCCAGUGGCCUGAAUCUUUCCAGUGUGACAAGUUUACCACUGAAUCCUGUGAACGAAGACCAGCCUUCGUUUUGCCAACAAUACCCACUGGAGUGUGUCAGAAAAUCUCCGUCCCCCUCUGCAUCGGCCUACCUUACACCGAGACCGUCCUGCCAAACCUUCUCGGCCACGUACAUCAGAGGGACGUAGACCAGUCGAUACAAACCUUUGCAUCGCUUGUACAGGUGGAGUGCUCCCCCCAUCUGAAGCCGUUCUUGUGCUCCGUUUUCACCCCCGAGUGCAAGUCAGGAAGACCUCAGCCUCCCUGCAGGACGCUCUGUGAGCAGGCACGCUCCAGCUGCGAACCUCUGAUGAACAGGUUCGGAUUAAGGUGGCCCGAAACCCUCAAGUGUGAAAGAUUUACAACCGAGUCCUGUGAACAUUACGGAGUCAGCAGCAACGGGGGAAUCUGUGAGCCCAUCACCAUCCCGGUGUGUCAGGGCCUGUCCUACAACCUGACCAUCACUCCAAACCUCCUGGGACACGCCAGCCAAAGAGAUGCAGUGAUGAAGAUGUCUUUCUUCAACUCCUUUGUGCAGAAACUGUGCUCAGUGGACAUCCGCCUCUUUGUGUGUACGGUGUACGCCCCCAAGUGUGUGGCGGGGGAAGUGCAGAAGCCCUGCAGGUCCUUCUGUGAGAGAGCCAAACGAGGCUGCGAGGGUUUGAUGCACAGCUUUGGUGUUUCCUGGCCAGAGGAGCUGCAGUGUAACGCAUUCCCAGAGGAGAUGUGCAUAUCAGAGGACAGCAGGCCCGACAUGCUGACUGCUGAGGAUGUUGUUGCUAAACUGAUUGCUGCUGGAUAUUCUGUCCGUGGCCGAUCCCUGACUCUGAGGACGGCUCGCCUCCUGGUGACUCUCAUGGAUGCAGAUAAAAGUGAAGACCUGGAUUCAGUGGAGGUUUUCAAAAUGGAGCACUAUGUGGCUGUGGUCAGGAGGGAGUAUGUGGAGAGCUACGAGAGUAGGAAUCCUCCGUCUGUCACUCAAACCCAGCUGAAGAAAGCUCUGUCUGCCCGCGAGUUUAACAUCGGCGAAGAAACCUUCAGGACUCUGUGGCGCGACCAUCGAACUGAAAACGGGAUCGAAUACGACGACUUUGUGGCAGUCAUCACAAAACUUCAGAUCCUCACAGAACGCUUCGAGUCACAACUUCUCAAUCUGCCGUGUGACUGCAAGGUGGCCAGCUUCUCCUUCAGACAGUUCAUCAGAUCAGCCAUCUUCUGAGGAAUGGAAAGGUGCUGCGCUGAUGGAGCAGAGGAGGAAUGUUUUUCACGACUGAGCAGCAAAAAUACAUUUUCAGAUCACAUAUAUGAACUGUCUCUUUGUCAAAUUGAUACUUACAUAAAAAAAUACUCUUCUCUA